AUGAAAGUUCGUCUCUCUCUUUCUGAUUCUACUAAGCAUCUGAUAGUCCGUUUUCCUAAAUCCGUGCUCGAAAUUGACGAAUCACCCAAAAUCUGCCUAUCUAAGCUCAUUCGCUCUAAAAUUCAAUUCAUCCUUAAUUCAAUCUACAGUAUACUAUCUAGCGAUACCAAAGAACAAGAAAAACGCCGUAAGAUUAUUCGCUUGUACAUGCGCGAGUCCAACGAACUAGUUAAACUCCUAGCAGCCACUUUAGCUGCUAAGUACUUCGCACCCAUUGGUAUGCUCGAAUCAAAGACCUUUCGCGUCCAGAAGUACAACACUGAGCAAGAACAGUUGGCUGACCAGCUAGUUUAUAAAUGCAACGAGUUAAGAAUGCAAGUUUCUUCCAGUUAUGAUAUUGAAAGGGCGAUUGAUGUUCUGGGUCGUGGUCUUACAGACUUUCCCAGUUCAGUUGAGACACUUUCAGAAUCUCUGGUCCGACCUACUCCACCAGUACAGUCCUUUAGUCGGAUUGAGCAGAUGCUGAAGAUGCAUGCCCAACGCGCGGGUAUUUGGAAAUCAGCCGAAGUAAGUUAUACGGUUAAGGAUGGCCAGUUGAUCUUAGAGUCUUAUGGGUUCUGUACUACUCUAAUUCUUCAUGCCGAUGCUGAAUCUCCUCAAUGGCACAUUCUUUCUAUUACGUCAUUAGAACAUGAAGGGAGGACUAUCUCUCCUAAAGCCAUUCGGGGCAGCAACUUACUUAAAGAGGUUUUAGGAGUCACUAAGUAUGCUAAAGUUGUCUUAGAAGCCGAAAGUAUGUUCAAAACUUUGAAAGAGAUAGCGGAAAAACGUGUUUUUGAAAUUGAAGUUACAGGUACAACAAAAGAAUUUCAAGCUUCUAUCUUUGGUAUGUUUAAAGUCCAGGUUAGUAUUAAGAAGAACUGGAAUGGUCCGACUUUAAUGGCUAUCUUUCGCCAUCUUUCUGAAGAGAAGCUUUUUAAAGAUAAGAUUUUGGAACGGGUUGUAAGUGAGAUUAAUCAACACUUAAAGAAGGAGUACUCUCCUAAUAUGGUUUUCUCUCUUUCUCGUGGUCUGUUUUGUGGUGAGCAUCCAAUUGCUAGUUUUAAAGAACUCCAGAAUGAAAACUUCCUUGAUAGAAACCGACCUAAAGCCUGGCAAGUCCCAGGUACACUUUGUAAAGAAAAGGUCUCUAUUAUGGUAGAUGGUUCAGCCCUUCAAACCAAUUUGUUUCUUAAAGAUAGUUCAAAUGAUUUCUUAGCUCUUCUCUGGGAUACACCCCAACAGACUUUACGACUCUUCUACGGCACUGACCAUCAUAACCAACUACCUACAGCUACUGAACUUCCUAUUAAUCCUUCUGAAACUGCUUCUUUCUAUCUUGAAACCAAACAACAAACCAAAACCCAAAUAGAUCUUAUUACGCAACGCCCCAGACAAUUACUUACUCUGAUUGGUGCCUACCAAACAAUCUUAUCUCUUAAACAUACUAAGGUUAAAAUUGCCUUAGAUACUAGUCUGCACCUUAUUCUGAACAAUCUAGUUAGUAUCCAAAUAGAAGGUAAAGAUAGUGAUAAAAACAUCACUGAAAUCAUUGGACCAAAAGUCUGUAUUAAGGACCGUAUGAACAAGAAAGAAGCUAUCGCCCUUUUCUGGAUUACUGUCUUACUACAAGGCAUGAUUUCUAACCAACAGAUUUUCUUAGCUGAACAGUAUCGCUCUAUCAUUGUUUCCGGAUCAAUUAACCACCCUAAACAUACUGGUGAAAACGAACUCGUCUUUCUGAAAGAACAAACUCACUUUGCUUUACAUUAUGUGCGUGGCAGUUUACGUUGCUCAUCCGAUCAUCCUAUUAUUACAGCUUGGGUUCAUUCUAUCUUAUCUUCACAAGCGGCAGAAGGAUUUCUUCACUUAUUCUACUACCAGAACGUACUUACCUUCCCACGCUUAAUUAGUACUAUUCCUGUUCAUGGUCUGCUAGGUGGAUCUUUAAAACAUACGUGUCAAACAGCACUUAUCUAUGAGAUUGGAGAGACAAUCAAUUUAUUUUGGACGGGUGGAUCUAAUCAAGCUCUAGCCAGUGCUUUUUACGAUCUGGAUAAAUUAUCAGCAACCGAAACCAGUUGCAGUUUUAGUCGGAAACACCUACAUCUUUUCCUAGAGCGAAUCAGUCUCUUACUAUCUCAGGAAAGACUUACUCGAUUUGGCGAGAUCUUUACAGUUGAAACGGAAAAGGAACAAGCCUUAUUCCGUCUCUCCUACCGAGAUGGACUUAUAUGUACUAAAGCUGAAGGCAAUGCUCCAGACCACAUUCGAACUAUCAUGGAAAGAGAUCCAGACCCGGAAAAGACCCUUUUCGACCAAGGGAUUUUUAUCUAUCCUAAUGGGUAA